GUGUGGUUUGCUAGACCGUCGGACCCGGAAAUUGCUCUGCUGAAGAAAUAAUAAAGGUGGUGAGUGGGGCACAGUAUUCGUGUUACAGUGACCAAAGGAUGAACCUGGGACAAUGGGAAAUGCCCUGUGUAUCUGUUCUAGAGGGACCAUCACCAUUGAGAACAAACGCUACUACUUUAUACAGAAACUGGAUGAGGGGGGGUUCAGUUACGUUGACCUGGUGGAGGGGGUGCAGGAUGGCAGAUUCUACGCUUUGAAGCGGAUCUUGUGCCACGACCGGGAGGGACGCAGUGAGGCCCAAAGGGAGGUGGAGAUGCAUAAUCUCAUCAGCCACCCCAACGUGCUAUCCCUGACUGCUCACACCUUUGUCGACAAGGGGGCCAAGUGCGAGGCCUGGCUACUGCUGCCCUUCAUCCGGAAGGGCAGCCUGUGGUCAGAGCUGGAGAAGCUGAGAGUCAAGAACAGUGUCAUGCCAGAGAGCCGUAUUCUGCACAUCUUCCAGGGGAUCUGCACCGGGCUCCAAGCUAUCCAUGACAAGGGCUACGCACACAGAGACCUGAAGCCCACGAACAUUUUGCUGGACGAAGGUGACCGGCCCUUGCUGAUGGAUCUGGGAUCAAUGAACCGAGCGCGCAUAGAGGUCAAGGGGUCACGGGAAGCCAUGACUGUUCAGGACUGGGCUGCCCAGAGAUGCACCAUCUCUUACCGGGCUCCUGAACUCUUCAGUGUGGAGAGUCACUGCAUCAUCGAUGAGCGCACCGAUAUCUGGUCUCUGGGCUGUGUGCUCUACUCCAUGAUGAUGCUGGAGGGCCCCUUCGACUUCAUCUUCCAGAAAGGAGACAGUGUGGCUCUGGCUGUGCAGAACACUGUGACUCUGCCCGAAUCCUGCAGCAGGUACUCUCAGGGACUGCAGAACCUCUUGACCUCCAUAAUGGUGACGAACCCACAGGAGAGGCCUGACAUCUACUGGGUCCUAAACCAGGCCAAGCACCUGCAGCCCACAGACACCGUUCAGGACACCAGCAUGGUAUGAUGCCAGGCCAGGGCAUGGGGCUGCUGCAAACGGGACACCUGCAGCCCACAGACACCGUUCAGGACACCAGCAUGGUAUGAUGCCAGGCCAGGCCAUGGGGCUGCUGCAAAUGGGACACUUUUUAGGGCAGCUGGUAAAACCCUUUCCUGUAUCCUCAUUAUACCAUCCUCUUCCCCAUAAGUGCUGCUCUUGUUGGGGGUUCAGUAAAAAGCAAGCUUCUGUGGAAGCUGAGAGGUUCACAUUUAAUUAAAAGGACAAACCCAGGUUUGCUCAGUCAUCCAGCAGCACAGCGCCCUCUACAGUAGAUGUGCUGAGUGGUGUUGUUCAAACCAUGAUCUGUUUUGUGCAGAAUAGAAGGUUCAAAGCAUUUGUCUGUGAUUACCAAUCCAGGAGCUCUUACCCAGAAGACCUUACACCCCCCCCCCCCCCCCCCCCCCCCUGCAGCACUGGGACUUCUUGGGGAAUGAACUUCCACGCUGGUUGGUCAGAUUGUCUUCAUAGCAUCUGCUCUUCAGAAGCCUGCCUAGGAACAAGCAUGUCUUAUCAAUAUCUGUGGUUCAACAGUAUUUGCUGGUUUCAAACAAUAUUAAGCAAGCAGUUCUUGCACUUCAUGUUUUGUUGGAGACUAUUCGGGACUGAAGCAAGUUCACUAGCAGAACAGGAUUCUCAAUAUACUGUGGUAUCAUUCUCUCUCACUUGGGUUCAGAACCUUGUGCUGUCUAUCUUUAACUUGCUGGACCUUGGAAAACCUAGUGACUUAAAGUAGAUGGUAGUCAAAGUCAGAACAACCCCCCUUGGUGAUCCAGUACACAUGCUGCUUCCAGUUGGCAUCUGUUAUACGUAUGUUGGUGAAAAAGGGGUCAGUUUUUAUCAUUUUUUUUUUUUUUUUUUUUUUAAUGCAGGGCAUUUUUAAAAAGAUUAUUUUAUAAAAUGGUCUGUUUUAGGGCUUCUAUUCCAUUAUGUAGAUGUUAACUAGUUCAGGGGUGAUUGCAAAGUCAGCUGACCAUUGUGUGCACCAGUUUUUAUGGAAACAAAUAAUGAACUGUUGAGCUGCUGUUUGUCCGGUUAAGAAAAGCAGCAGCACCAAUUGGCCAGCUCACUACAUACAGCGCUACUAACCUUAGUAAUAAAAUUUUUUUUUUUGAUCACAGGAGCCCUGUAUUCUGUGUGUGUGUGUGUGUGUAUUAUUAUUAUAUUUUUUUUGUUCAAGCUGUCUAACUGUAAUUAAUCUUGAUUGUAAACUGAAUUCAUAGAUUUGUGUGUAUUUUAGAAUUCUGUCGGAAUGUAAUACUAUUUGAAUAAGGUAAUAUAUAUCAGGGAUGUACCUUAAAUGUAUAGAGGACAAGAAUUCAAACCCUCUAAUCUCAUGUCCUGUUGAUUUUUGUUUUCCACACUGUUGGGUAUUCUACCAGUUGUGUGGAAAGUGUAGUUUCAUCUCCAACCAUCAUUUUGCAUUGAAUCACAUUUUGUAUAAUGCUGUGUGUUUGCAAAUGUAAUGUUUAAGUAUUGUGUGGAGAGUGUAUUUGUUUGUGUCUUUUAAAGUGAAAUAUCCACACCAUGCACGUCCAUUCCCUGAAGGUCUCACAAGUGUAGUUUUGAAAGAAGUGGAUGUUUAGGCAAACCUGAUUUCAUUUAAAAAUUCUGGAACUGCACUGGGUUAUAGAAAUGUGUUUGCAAGCCUUGCUUUCAGAUAGCCUUGCACUUGCAUGGGCAUUUCACCUGUGGAGUGAGACAUUGUUCUCACCAGUUCAGUGCACCAUUCCUCUCCGUAACCAACCAGCUGCUUCCCCCAGUGACUGACAUGUUUUGCAGCCAGUAAGCUGCUUGACCACAAAGACCUAGAAUCCCUGAAAGGGAAGGCAAGCAGCCUGAAAGCUUUCCUUUAUGGUCAAUAGAACUGCACAACAGGUAAGGUUUAUGAAAGUAUUUGGUUAUAGAGUUAAGCAUUUCUUCUCAAAGUGAUUCAUGAAAAUCCCAGUCUUGUGUUGUCAUCUAAUUAGUGCAUGUCAAAUAAUCAACUGACAAAAAUUCCAAUAUUAAUUGAAAAUAAAAUUUGUAAGAUAAAACUA